UUAUGUAAAUACUAAAAGAGAAUGUGUUCAAUAACUGUUGUUGUUGUUGUUGUAGCGGCAGAGCUCUGUUCAAUAACUGUUAAUUCCACAUGGUGUCUGUAUAAAAACGUUUUUAUAAUGGUUACCCUUGAUAUUAGUUUUUUAGCCCAAUAAAAAUAUAAAAUUUAGUGUGUAUUUUUUGUACCAUUUGGCUUAUUUGUCGCAAACUCACAAAUUCAUUGUGAACAGUUUGACAAUUGUGAACUGUAUAAUAUUGUAGACAAUUUCUUUCCCGAUCAUCUGUUUUUGUAAAUAAAGUAAAAUUAAUAAAUUUGUAUAUGAAAAUGUCUAAUUUAUUACGAUGUGUCGCUCAAACAAUAUGCCGGAAUUCCGUACAAAUUAAUCGAAAUAUAACAACUACUUCCACUGUUUUGGUUAAAGAAAUUCACGAAAAAGUAGAGAAAAAUGCACUUAUCCUAGAGGCUGCACAAGUUCCAUCGCCGCGUGCUGAUCGUAUGCUGAAUGAAGCAUGCGGCACGCGUUUCUGUCCGGAAUGCACAUUAGGUCUAGAUAUCAAACAUACAGAUGUGCUGAUACUAUCUCAAUACGUGCGUUCUGAUGGUUGCAUGUUACCACGGCGUAUAACAGGAUUAUGCCAUAGGCAACAGAAACGUAUCGGUACAUUAGUAACUAUGGCACAGAAAGCCGGUUUGAUGCCAAAUUUAGCUCCGGCAUGGAGUAAAAAGGAUCCAAAGAAGCGUUUUGGCUGGAGAAAAUUUAAUAAAUAUUACCUUGAAGAGACGAUAAAAUACUAAAAUUGGAUUUAAAUGAAAGUUUAAUGUUA